AAAAGGACACAGCAGGGAGGAUGUACGCCUUUUACUCUCUGCUGGUUUACAUCUUCUACACCGUCUUCAAAAAGGAUGAGGAGGCUGAACCUGAGGGUGCAUGUGCAGAACCCCUAAAGGAGCCUGGUCAUGUUUCUAUGGAAACAGGAAGCAGAAAAAGAGGGCGUCACACCCCCAAGUUGGGGAAAAGGCGAAGUGACAGAAACAGUGAUUUAAGCAGCAGCAGCAGUGACAGCGAUGAACUGUCCUUGAGUGACGAAGAUGAUGAUAUUGAAGACACUUAUGCAAUUCCUGCUAAGACCCCAAUGGCAGCGUUCUUGUCUUUCAAACAGGAAACAGAAAAGAGAAGAGCUUCCAGUGUCCACACUAAUAUAGGUGAAAAGGUCCCCGAGUCUCCUCUGGUAGCAGUAAUGUCUCAUCUGCUGAGCUUUCUGGAGCAGUACUCACACCUGCAGCAGCUGCAGCAGCAGGCGGAGCAGUACCGAGUGCAGUUACGCAGGCAUCGCGUGCAGCACCGCCGCAAGAUGAAGGCCCUGCGUACCUCGUAUCGCCAGCGCCUCCGAGAUAAAAGCAGCGUCAUCCACAGCCUGGAGGAUGCCAUCGCUCAGCAGCAGUGCCCUUCACCCGACAACGACGCAACAUCAACAGGGCUGCAUAAGUUGGUCCAGUCUCUGUGUGGGCUGCAAGGUGAGAGGAGUGUGCUGCGGGGUGAACUGCGCCUCCUGCAUUCACAACUGGAGCAGAAAGAGCAGGACCGACACUCCAAAGUACAAGCCUUCCAACUACAGAUUGACAAGCUUAAAAGCUGCAUCGAGGAGCGAGAAGAAGAGCUGUCCAAGCUCCGGAUCGCAUCUGGAGCGACAGACUCAGAAAAGCGGAUGCUCUGUCUGGCAACCGAGAAUGAGAGUCUGAAACAGAGCUUGUCUGUGACUCAGGGUCUCCUACAGCAGCUCUCCAUCAUUCCAUCUCAGUCCAGUUCACUGCUCAUCAAGGAGAACGAGAACCUGCGCAGCCGUGUUCUGCAGCUGGAAAGCUCUCUGCAGCAGCGGGGUGAGCAGCUGUCACGACUGGAGCGUCAGAACGAGCAGGAUGAGUGGCGGAGGGGCGAGGAGCUCAGAAGACGGGACGAAAGGGUGAGAGAGCUCCAACUCGAGCUGGAUAAAGAGAGAAGCAAAGAGCCUGCAGUGAAAUAUGUCACUCAGAAGGUGGAAGUAGAGUCACCUUCGACUCUGAGACAGCUGGCUGAAACCAGACAGAAGAACCAGCAGAUGAGUGGCAAGCUGGCCAGUCAGAAAGAAAAAUGCAAACAGCUGGAGGAGAACAUCAGACGCUCUGAUGAAGUCAGCUGUAAUCUUCAGCAUAAGAUUGCUGCGUAUGAACGAGAAAUUGGGACGCUGCAGGGAGAGCUGCUGAAGGAGAUCGGUCAUCUGGAGGAAAAGAAAGACGAGGCUGUGAAAGCAGCUGCUAACUGUUCGCAGGAGCAGCUGCAGAGUCUGCAGGAUCAGUUUCUGAAUUUACAGAGGCGUCUGAACGCUCUUCCUCCCACCCUGCGCUCCAUGAAGACAGACUAUGCCAGUCUACGCGGCCAGGUCCGCAAUUUUUCUGAAUUUUAUGGAUCAGCCAUCAAAGAAGCCAAGAAACAGAUAUCAGCAGCAAUAAAUGAAAUGUCAGAGGCCAAUAAGGAUCUUCUGGAGAAAUACAGGAAGGAGGUUGCUCUUCGCAGAAAGUAUCACGAGCAGUUGGUGGAGCUGAAAGGCAACAUCCGUGUUCUGUGCCGUGUGAAACCGGUGCUGAAGGAGGACCAGCAUGAUGACAGUCAGGCGGUUGCAGUGACCACAGACCCACAUAAUGAAUCUGCUCUCACUGUCCUGAGUAAAGGGAAAGCUAAAGGCUUCGAGCUGGACAAAGUCUUUCACCCUCAGGCUACACAGGAGGAGGUGUUUCAAGAAAUCGAGCCCCUGAUUACCUCCUGCAUUGAUGGAUAUCAUGUCUGCAUCUUUGCUUACGGUCAGACAGGCUCAGGGAAAACGUACACGAUGGAGGGUUCUGUGGAGAACCCAGGCAUCAACCAGCGAGCCCUGAAGCACCUUUUCAACGAGAUCGAGGAAAGGAAGGACAUGUGGACGUACACGAUCACUGUCAGUUCAGUGGAAAUCUACAAUGAGGUCCUCAGAGAUUUGCUGAGUAAGGAUGGAGAGAAGUUGGACAUCAAAAUUAACCCUGAUGGUACAGGUCUUCAUGUGCCUGGUCUCAGGAUCAUAGAGGUCAAGAGCUUUCAGCAUAUUAAGAAAAUUUUGGCUACAGCACGGAGGAACCGGAUAACAUUUGGAACACAAAUGAACCAGCACAGUUCUCGCUCACAUGCUCUGCUCACAGUCACGGUGCAGGGAACAGACCUCGCCACCGGCACAAAGUCAUCUGGUAAAUUGAACCUGGUGGACCUGGCUGGUUCAGAGCGCGUGUCAAAGUCCGGGGCGGAGGGUGAGCGACUGAAGGAGGCACAGAACAUCAACCGCUCGUUGCUAGCAUUGGGAGAUGUGAUCCAGGCUCUGAGAGGCCGCCAGACCCACAUCCCCUUCAGGAACUCACGUCUCACUUAUCUACUGCAGGACUCACUGGGCAAAGGCAAUAAAACAGCCAUGGUGGUGCAGAUUUCCUCUCUGGAGAGGAACGCUGAAGAGACUCUGUGUUCGCUGAAGUUUGCGCAGCGUGUAUGUAAAGUGGAGCUGGGCCCGGCCGCACGGAAAAUAGAGAGCGCAAAUCAGUGUGAGAACUAA